GCCCGCCAUCCCUCCUUCCCUGGGAGCAGGUGAGCGGUGAGAGAGAGGGACGGUGAGAGGGGAGAGAGGGCCGCCAUCCGUCCCUGUGGAUGCGGGCCCAGCUCCGGGAGCCGCGCUCAGGGAACAGCUCUGGGCUCCCCUGGGUACCGAGAGGCCUCGCUGGGCUCAGGGAUCGCCUCUCCCGGCUGGCUGUGACCCACCCGCGCUGGUUUGGGCAUCGCGGCUUUGCCAGCCGUGCCUGGCACGCCUCGGGGCGGGAUGCUGUCCCGGCAGCGCGGAGCAGCGGUGAGGACAUCGGUGAGGACAUCGGUGAGGACAUCGGCCUGAACCCUCGGGACACCGGUUGUGACUCUCCUGUGCCUGUAGCUGGGAACAGCCAUGCCAGCCCAAAAGGACAGAUGGGUUUCUUCCUUGGUUUUCCUUCUCUUCUGUGCCUCCUCCAUCCCACAAUGUGGAAGUGCCAGCCUGCAGCAGGAGCCGAGCCCCCAGCACUAUUUCAGUGGCUUGGAAGCUGGAAAAACAUCCUUGGCUUUUUUCACCCCCAGUGUUUCUCCUGGUGGCCAGCCCUUCUUGGAGCAGAUUGAGAGCUCAGCUGAGGCCCUCCAGGACUAUGGUGUUUCUGUGGUGAAGGUGAAUUGUCCCAAAGAGGAUGUCUCAAGAUAUUGUGGAAAAGAAAAUGCAUUAAGGAAAGCCUUCCUGUUCAGAGGGAACCGGCUGAUCCGAGAGUUCCCCACCGACGCCCUGUUUGAUGUGAAUUCCAUCGUCGCCAACGUUUUGUUUGCCCUGCUCUUUAAUGAAGUUAAAUAUAUUGAGACACUGGCAGACCUUGAGAACCUUGAAAAUGUGUUAAAAGGAAAAUCCAACAUGGUCUUUGCCUAUGUACCAGCUACUGGGACAGCAGAGCACAGAGCUGUGAUGGAGGCAGCUUUUGUCUAUGGGACCAUCCACCAGUUUGUCCUGACAACUGAGGCAGCCCUGCUGAAAGCCACCAGCCAUGAUGACCCCGAUGUCUCCUCUGCCUGGCUCUCGUUCUGCCACUGCCAGCAGGUCACAGAGCCAGCCCAGCCCUGCAGGAGGACAGCCCUGGCACAGCCCCUGACCCUGCUCAACAUCCACAGGCACCUCAAGCUCAUGGGGGCUCCCUUGGUGACAGAGGUUGCUGAGGACCCAGAGAAGAUCUCCACUGUUCACCUGCAGCUGGGGCUGCCCCUGGUGUUCAUCCUGAGCCAGAAAGAGACCUAUGAGGCUGACAGGAGGACAGCAGAGUUUGUGGCCUGGCAGCUCCUGGGGAAAGCAGGAGUUGCCCUUUUGUCCAGGGACCUCGUGGAGCUGAACGUUCUGCACCGGUCAAACGUGGCCCUCAAGACACCAGAUGAGGGAAUGCCAAUCCAGUACCUGGUCCUGGAAGACACUGAUGAAGUUGUAACCCUGGUGGAAGAUAAGAACAAGGUGAAACAAAUCCAGGAGGAUGAGCAGGAGGAGGAGGAGGAAGAUGAGGAUGAGAAAGAGAAUAACAAUCAAGAUAUUCAGGAUGACCAGGUGGUGGAAGCAGUUUCCAGGGACAAGAAGAGAGAGCUGCCCCUGGAGCAAGUCCUUGUCCUGACAGAGGAGAACUUCCACUCUUCCCUCUCAGGGGCUGCCAGGACAGUGGUGCUGUUUUAUGCCAGCUGGGAAGCUGUGUCCCUGGCAGUGCUGCGCUCGUACUCCGAGGUGGCCGCUCACCUGAAGGGAACCCCAGGGGUUUUGCUGUCCCGGGUGAACUGCUGGGACUGGCCUGGCCUUUGCUCCCAGGAGAAUGUCACCCAGUUCCCCACCAUCAGGAUUUACAGGGAGGGACAGCAGUCAGUGACAUAUGGUGGCAUGUGGGGAGCUGAAGAGCUGAGCAGCUUCAUCCUGCUGAGCCAGGUUUCCUGCCCACUGAAGCUGGCCACCAUGGAUGAAGCAGAAGGAUAUUUAAGAGGGGAGUUUCCAUCUGAGCUCUCAUCCCACCAGCACCCCUCACUCCUGGGAGUUUUUAGCUCGGCCACCAGCGAAGCCAGGGAAGCUUUUGAAGAGGCAGGAAACAUCCUAAGUGGCCACGUAAGGAUGGGGAUGUAUUUUGAAGAUGAUGCCUUGGCUUUAUCCCAGAAAUACUCCGUGUCCCCCCCUGCCCUCCUCCUGGCCCGGAGCGCUGGCCGGAGCGUGGAAGGCAUCGCUCUGUCCAAACACAGCGUGCAGGACAUGGUGCAGAUGAUCAGAUACGAACUGCUGGACAUUUUUCCAGAAAUCACCGUGUCAAACCUGCCCCAGUACUUGCAGCUGGGAAAGCCCUUUCUCAUCCUGUUCAGUGCUGAUGACAUCAGUCAGGUGGAAAGCAAGGAAAUGCUGAAGCUGGCAAAAGGAAGAGCCCAGCAGGCUUUUGUGGCUUGCUGGCUGAACCUGAAGAAGACUCCAGUGGGAUAUGGGAUCCUGAGGACGUACUUUUCCAGCACUCCUCCCUUGCCCCUUCUCCUCUGGGUGAACCUCCAUUAUGGGGGCCAGGUGUUCAGGUUCCCCUCAGAGCAGUCCAUCACUGAGAUGAACAUCUUGUCGUGGCUGGAGAAGCUCCAAGCAGGGCUGGAGAUUCCCAGCAGUACCUUGUCUGAGGAAGACUGGAAGCCACCACUCCCUGCUUAUGACUUCCUCCAGAUGAUGGAGCCAUCCGUGCCUGAGCUGUCCCCUCACCCCGGGGACACCCCGGCACAGCACCGGCCCAGAACCGCCGGAGGGGACACUGCUGGAGGGGACAGUGCCGCCCGGGAGGAGCCGUCCCAGCAGAGCACGGCAGAGGAAGCCGGUGUCCCUGGGAGGGGCCUGCGGGGGACAGCCCCGAGGCUGGCAGCCAGGGACAGGCAGGGCAAGAGGCACAGCGAGCUCUGAGAGCUGCCGUGGGGACAGGUGUGGGGCUGCCCUGAAAGCCUGGCGCUUUCCCAGCCUUUCCUCCAAGGAGAGAAGAGGUUUCAGCUGUCAAGGAAUGGUGAAAAGAAAAGCCACUCCCUGCUGCUGAGUGUUGGGAGCUCAUCAAGCAACAAGUUACACUGGAAAAGACAAUUCAGCCCUGCUCUGUAGAUCCCCCAAGUCUCAGAGUCACUUCAGUUGCCCCUCAUCAGGAAGGAGUGAGUGAUUGCAACUUAAAAAGCCCAUUUCUCUCCUCCCUGAUUGCCAGAGAAGCUCUACUGAUGUGUGACAGAAAGUCCUGCAAUUCCAUCUGCUUUGGAACCCUGUGGAGCCAGCAUUCCACCACUGCAGGGCUGCUCCAAGCAGCCCCCAGUUGUGUUUACACCUGACUUGUGACCUGAAUUCAUGUGUUCAUCCUCACAGGGGAGAGGAGGGAUCUGCUCAAAGCAGAUUUAUUCCAGAAGCCAGAGCUCAGGUCACACAACAGUCCUGAAUAGCUGGGACAGAGCUCUGCCAGCAAAUCCCAAGGGUGGGCAGGUUGGGAGAUGGCUUUCCUCACUGCUGGCAUUUUCUUGGUCACAAGCCCAGGGGCUAUUUGCAGCCUCCAUUUGUCUUUGCUCUCAGUGACAGCAGCAAGGUUGGUGCCUCCUGAGCUGGGAAUGGUGCAGGGAGCAAGGUCUGUGGAAAGCUGAGUGCUGUGGAAGAGGGGAGGGAGAUGAAGGGCAAGGCCAGACCUUUCCAAGGUGGGAUGGAGAUGCUUCACAUCCAAAAUUUAAGUGGGGAGAUGCAAAACCUGGGGAAGUGGAUUUCCAGCCUCUGCACAUCUCCUGGGACAAGAAAUGGCAGAGGAUUAAAAGCAGAUGGUCUUUAAAGUCCCUUCAACCCGAACCAUUUUAGGGUUCCAUGACCAUCCCUUCAAUGAACAUCUCCCUUCCACAGCACUGCUGAGAUGUGCUGGGAGAGUCAGAUCCUCUUCCUACUCCUUAAGGCUCUGAAAAAUUACUGGGAAGAGGAAAAAAAUCCUGGUAAGGGACUGCUGAGAGCAUUGCAAACUCAGUAUUUCUGAUUCUGCAAGCAGCACACGUGGCUGUGAGUCUUUUGAAAUACCCAGAAAUAGAUCAUUAGUCCUGGGCUGUCCUGGAAGCCCUUAAUUGAGAGAGACCAUUUUUGGAGUGAGUGACAGGCUUUGAGCCAAAAUGUAUGUAUUUAAAGGAAUAAACUGCAGCCUGCUGAUCAGAGGCAUGGUUCCCAGGGGAAGGGUGUGAGCAGA